AUGAAAAAUGUACUGAACUGUGCAAGAAGAAUACACCAUCAGUUCUCAGGAAAAAACCAAUAUCCUGACAUGGCGGGCUUUGAUUGGAAUUCUAUUCUUAAUGAAAUUUCACAAAGAUGUCCACUCUUGCUUGAUGUCAUGACAACAACUAUUGGAUCAAAACUGAAACCCAACACCAUCCCUUCAAUUUGCUUAUGCUACGGUAUACUAAUGCAGAAGCGGAACCAUGACCUAAGCCUAAUUCAGAGAAUCAAUACUAUUUUACUUGCAGAAGGAAAUGCUAAGAAGCAGGUUGGUUGAAAAAGAACACUUUAUACCAGUAAUUACAUGUAAAAUUAUUAUUUUUUUUCACUCACACAAUCAAACUUGAGGCUGUGUAAUAUAGUUCUAACUCAGCCAUGUUUGUAUACAGAUUUUAAGUAAAUGAUUUAAAUGACAUCAGUCUGAGCUAAGAGGUAAUUCUUGUAACAGUACGCUUUACAUUACGCAUACAAAACAUGGGAAUUUUAGCAAUGACAUUGACUAAUACCGUAAUCAUUUGAUUUAGCGCCUGGGCCGCUUAUUAAUGUUUGGUAAAUUCAAGACAGGGCACUCAUUUUUUUGAGAACAACUGAAUGUUCCAAAAAAACUUUGAGACUUAUUUAAAAAGGGACAAUAACAGAAACUGUACUUCUCUUUGUAACAGUACUAAAUAUAUGGUCAAUGUUCAGUUACCGUGAGAAACUCAGACAAAUGGGGGGCACUUAUUGGAAGGAGGGCGCUAAAUCGAAUCACUUGGAAAAGAAUAGUUCAAGUGCUCUUGAUCUGGUGCAGAUCAGAGGAACUGCAUUAUUUAUCUUCAUAAUAAGGAAAGUAAAGAGAGUAAAUCUUAGGUUUGGUCAAUAUUAUGGUACAUAAAAAUUUUUAAAAAAAUCUUUCUGACAAGGGCAAAAAGAGUCAAUUCAUGUGCCAUGAUUACAAAAAAAAUUCUAACCACAUUGAUCCGGUUUGAUAGCUUAUCAACAGAUGUCAAAGUCUUGGAUUUUGCCUAGGGCACACAAGCAAACUGAAACUCAUGAAGUUAAUUGGCGGACACUUUGCAGACAAAAUAAUUGAUGAAGUAAAGCAAGGGAAAAAGCUGCAGGGUACAGGUGACAACUGGGACAUCAGGGUUCUUGUCCAUGACAUGAGAAGUGACCAUCAGAACAAAGACCUGCACUACUUUGCCUCCAACUUAAUUGUAGACAGGGUGCCAUGUGAAGGCCUGUGUCAGGUCUACCCUCGUCGUAACAUUCAGACACUUCCCAACUGCCAUUUCCUGUUGAAUGAUGCAGAAACAGACAAGCUAAGAGAAGAUUUUAAGGUCCUGGUGGGUAGAGUACUUGUGGCUCACAUUCCAUCACUGUCUUUCUUGAAAGCAGUUAUUCCCCAACACAUAGCCCAUCGCUACACCAAUGAAAUGGCAAAGAAAUCUGCUAUUGUCAGUCUACCAACCCAGCUGAAGGAUGAAAAAAAAUAUGAUGAUGUUGUUGACAUUCUGUGCUUCUAUGAAAAUACCUUAGAGGAGAUUUACAGUAAGGCGGGCGUUAUAAACGUGCCAAGAAAUACAGCACAAGCUAUGCCAAAUGGAAGUCUGGAAGGUAUGCAAUCAGCACCAGAUCAGCCUGGAGCGCACAUUACCAGACAUGAUGAUGAUGACCAUAUGAAAGAUGUAUGUGUUCCUUUUGGGGGAGACCAGUUAACCAGGGUGCGCUUUGCUGGGGCAAAAGAUCUCAGAAAGGGCUGUCACACUGCAAAAGACAGAUUUGAACAUUGUAGUCCAUUUGUUGUAGAACCAUUCCAUACCAAGAUGUCCUAUCUGCAGGUACCUACAAAGAAAAUAUGUUUUUGUCAUACAAAUAAAAUAUUGACUUUUAAAUGGUCAUAAUUUAGAACAAUAAUGCUAACUCAAACUCAAAUGACAUAUGGUAAAUUAAGUUCAAGUUUGGGGUUAAUCAGUCCAAUUUGCAAGUCAUAUUUGGUACACAUACAAGUAGAACAAUAUUCUUAAGUUCUGCACAAACUGUGAAUUUGGUUAUACAUGGACUUCCAUUUUGCUUGUCAUGCAAAUUUUAUCUGGGUUAAAGUAUUUCUUGACCACAUUAGUUCCUAAAGAGUGUUUUUAAUAUUGAAAAUAAUGUGCAUGCACAUAUCCUACAUUUCAGCUUAGUUAAAAGGGUUAAAAUAAGGGCAUAGUAAAAUAAUGGGUAUAAAAUUAGGCCAAAUCGAAGGAAAAUAUAUUUAAUUUGUUCAUAUAAGUGGGAAGUUGACCAAGUCAGUUUAACCUUAGGUAAAAUAAAUAAGUCAGUACACAGUGUAAACCCACUGUAAGAACACAGAAACAUUGUUGUUUGCAUUGAUGUGGUGAAUAUGAAAGGUCUAGAUAUUUUGUUCGGGAAUAAUAAUAUUGUUAUUAUUAUUUGAAACAAUGGGAUGCAAAAUUAUGAAUAUAAAGAGCAACGGGUCAUAAUGAGUUCAAUAAAGUAUAUUAGAUUGACAUGUAUUAGUAGAGUAAGUGUAGUUUAAGGAACAUUAUUUGGCAUAAAUAACAGUGAGUGACUUACCAUAUUGAUACCUCUUUGUGCUAAUAUCCAUUUGCAGCUUGUGUUUGAUCAUUUAUACAAAGCCGAGUCUCUCAGAGAGGUUGGUACCCUCAAAUAUUUCCGUGAAAGGGUAAAUCGCAAAAAUGUUACCCCAGACAAGGUAACAAAGUCAUUCGAAGGAACUGAAGAUUUCUUUGUAAGUGUUGGAACAGCAUACAUCCUGGAGGCAGCCAUGGAGUUUUUUGGUUUGAACGAAGUAAAUGGCACUCCUACAAAACAUGUUCCUCCAGCCGGCAUCUUGCAUCUCCCAAAAUCCAGAAAAAAGACCUUCUUUGAUGAUGUUCUUGGUUCCUUUGUUGAUGAAUUUGUCAUGGCAGAUCCAGACCAAGAUGCCGUGAUGGAAGACCAGGAACUGCAACGAAUAUCUAGUCUUGUAGCUACGGUGGGCCAUGACCAUGACUAUUUUGCUGCAUCUCAAACCAAUGGGGAACUACAAGACAACACUGAUGAUGAUGUUACUGAGGAAGAUACGAGUGGAACAGACAAAGUACGGUCAGUAAAUUUCAAAAGAGAAACCCUUAAUUAACAGGGUGCAAAGAAAGUCAGUUUUACAGCUUGUCAUUCAGUCAAGCUGUAGCUAGAAUCUACUUAAGCAGGCCCAAGAGUCACUGGAUUUAAAUCUGUUCCAAUUUUUUUAAGAGCAAACUGAUUGCAGUUUAAGUAAGAACACUUCUAGGGCUAGUGAAAAUGACUCUUGGGCAAGAACAUAGUAGCAACAGCUUUCCUGAAUGGCAUGCAGAGAACUGACUGUUUUUUCAUCUGGCUCUCUUUGCAUGCUGAGUUAACUUAAUUUGUUUUUCCAAUUAUUUCAUACAAAACCAUAUUUUUGCUUCUUUGUAUACAUGCAAUUGUUUGAUUUUUCCCACACAUCAUAGUUAUAAAAACCAAAGAAACAAUUCAGUGAUACUCCAGUACAACCUUUCUGUUCCCAAGGCUAGGUUUUCCUCAAACAAUGAUAAAUAAAAUUUUCAAAGUUUACCACACUUAAUGCUCCCAUGAACAUAAAAAGCUGUAAAAGCUAGCAGAUGGUGUCCCACCUUGUGAAAAGCUCUAUGACCUCCCUUUGAUUAUAUCACUGCCACCAUUUACACCUACACAUUCAAGUAUAUACCAUACCUAGGCAUCAUUUUUUUGUGCUCAGAAUUUGGUCAAUUCUGUUAUCUUUCCUUUAGAUAUUAUGGGCUUAACGUCAUCGAACUUGCAGUCUUUCUGAUGCAGUUGACUGACACAUGUGCAGAAGGUGAUGGGGAAAGAAACAAUAUCAAUCAAAAGCGCCUACUAUCAUACUUUUUCCGCUUCAAUUCAUUUUCUAAAUAUGCCAUAGAAAUGUUUACCAGCAUUGCUCAAGUCGAAGCAUUACUCUCUGAAGAAGUUGCACAUCGAGUAACGUGGGGGAAGUUUGUCAACUGGACUGGGGGUUUAGGAAACAACAUUGAAGGCGACAAAGCACAGGAGAUUUGCAACUGCACAAGCAAAAAUGUUGUGCAAGGAAUGGGUCCAAACAAGACCAACAAUGCCAUCAUCACUGCCUCCAAGGCAGCACCUGGGAUUCACCAGAUAAAAGGGCAGUUUGACAAGGUAACAAAGAUUCACCCUUCAUCCCGGGCACAUACCACAAGAAGUGCUAAAGAUGAUGAAAUGUUAAUGUUGAAAGACUUACGCAAACUGCGUCCCUUUCGCAUAACUCCUAACAGAUGCCAUGAACACUUUCAAGAGAUUACUUUAUCUCCACUGGUUGGACAAGACAUGGAAAAGUUUUUUUCAUGGCUUGAAAAGCACAAGAAACAGAUUGCCAUGGGAUAA